GAAAGAUCUAGCGCUCAUUCGAAAUACUGUCGUCAAUUGUAUCACGUUGUUCCAAAUAUCCUUCUUAUGCAAAUAGUAGAUACACAGCUGUUUUAUGACAGCUAAUAAUGAGAUGUUAAAAAAACACAGAUAAUAAAAACUGAUUACAAUGUACCCAUCGUCCAAAAUAUCUACGACUGAAAUGACGUUGAGAGUGAUUGCAUCCAUUUUUGGAUUAUUUCUGUUGAUACAAACUUCUGCUGGUCUAGCACCUCCUCCAGUUUGCAAAGAGAAUGGCGUUUACGGCGACGCAAAUGACUGCACAAAAUUUUACAUGUGCUCUCCUUGUGGACCACUGGAGUUUUAUUGUCCUACUGGAAACUACUUUGACCCAGAGAAGAAAGCUUGUACCCAAGAUGAAAAUCAGAAGUGUGAAUCAAGUUCCAUUCUACCUUCAAGCCAGGAAGUGAUAACCCCUGAUGUCGACAUUACUUUCUUACCGAACAACUUCUCUUGCAUGAUAAUGGUUGUAGAUGAUGAUUAUGACGUAGGUAUGGAAGACGAAAGCGCUGAAUAUGCAGAUGUAUACAGUUCUGAUCUUCCUGAAAAUCCGGCUCAGUCCAAAGAAAAAAAUGAAACGGACUCUAGUAGUUCCACUGGUACACCAAAAGAAACCAUAUAUGAUAAUAAUUCCAAGUCACGCGAGUUUUCUGUGAACACCAGCGCUGAAAUUUUGGAAAUUGAUACAAAUAAGAGUGCUGCACUCAAUAACACCGCUUCUGUACCUCAUCAUGAAUCGCAGAACUAUGUUAAUAUCUCAAAAGAAUACUCCGAAGUUAAUACUACUAACUCCACUUUAGAUGAGGAGAUACUGCUUGGUGACAGAACUCAAAAUAUCACAGAAAAUAUCACAUUAUCUAAAGAAGACAAGCAACACAUAAUAUCCAAUAAUACAGCUGAUAUUUAUAUAUCACAUGAACUGAAGAACAUAACUAAUGCAGAGGAAGUCAAUACAAUUAUAACUACAAAAAGUAUAACAAAUGUUAAGAUUGCGGAAGAAAAACAUAAUAUAUCACUAACUAACGCCGAUUCGGAAGAUCAAACGGAUAGAACUAAUUUUACAGACUUAUCAAAACAUUUUGAUUUUGCAACUAACAGUGGUACGGUAAAUGUUUCGGUAGACGAUAAAGUUAAUGUAACAAAAGAUAUAGAUACGAACGGAGCUAAUACUGCAUUUAUAAAUUCUACAACUUUUGGAGAAGAGAUAGAAAAUUUCACCAUUGUUCACGACACUUCUGAUGAAACAACCAAUGUCGAAGAUUCUGGUUCAGACAAUUCCACUGAGACCAUCCAGUUUGAUAUAAUUAAGGAAAUAACAAUAAUAAAUGCAACAAGUUCGGGCGACAACAGUCAUCCAAACACCAGCAUAGGGCUUGCCAAAGUUGCAGGCACAAUUUUGGAGGAAGAAGAUGCUAAAGGAGAAAUUAAAAUUAAAACUAACUUAACUGAUAAAUCAGAACUGUCAAAAAUCAGCGGACACAGCAUUGAUAACAUUACGGGGGAUCAUCUACAUAUAGAUAUUUCUGUUGAAAUAGCUAAAAAUCACACAGUUAUAGCUGACGAAGAUUCAAAAUCCCAUCAAGAACUGUUAGACAAAGUACUUAAAGAAAUUGAUAUAGCAGAUGACAUGUUAUCUGACGAUAAAAAUGCUACUAUCAUUUAUACAACGUCAUUUGAUUCAGUCAAUGCUACGCAUAAUACAGUGCAUACAAUGACUAGUCCGUUGCCUAGCUUUAGUGCCCCUCCGGACGUAUCUGACUUUGUCAGAGAGCUUUUAGGUGAUAUGAAAGACUAUCAGAAAAUUAUGAACAGUGUCAAAGAUGACUUGAACGGGAUGGAACAUUUGAUACUUCCUCGUAAUAAUACUGAUAAUAGUACUAAUUCUAUAGAUGUAGAUGAUGUUGUAGCAGAUUAUUUGUAUUCAAGUAGUGAUACGCAAUAUUAUUCUAAAAUACUGGCUUAUGCCAUUAUAUUUAGUGGUUUAUAUAACGUAAUAGCUUACUAGAUUGAAGAUACACGUUUAGUAUAAGGUUUGUAAAUGAUAUCUAUAUGUUAGAAGUUAGUAAACAGUUUGUUC